AUGGCCCUCCGCAUUAAAAAGAUUCCAUUUCCUGCACUUGGGUCAUUCGCUGUCUUCACCAUGGAUCCCGUUCUUUCUCUUGACCCCGAACUCCGUGACGACCCCGAAGCAGUCAAAGCCUGCAAGCAACUCAAGGUUGGUAGAUAUGUUGGCCUUGUGAACCAGCGGUCAGGGCUUUACAACCCGUGGACGCCAUACAACGCAUGCCAGUUUUACUUCUUGCUGCAGGGGUUGCCUGAAGCGCAGCCCUACGGAUUUGAUGCCUCCAUGUCCAUUCCCGUGGCACCGAUGACAAUAGAGAACCACCCAUCUGGCCGGGCGCCACUGCAGCCCUCAAAACCCUUGCCGUGGAAAGACUGUUAUCUGUCUGGUGCUUGGCACCACGAGCUGCGUAGCCAAUCGGUGUACGAGCCUAAAGAGUGGAUUCAUAAGAUCGGGUAUAUCCUGCCUGUUGAGGAUGUGGGCAAGCAGCGAUUCUAUACGCUCAUGGACGACAUGCGCUCGGACAAGAUGCGCGAUAUGGUAAUCGAGCCAUACGAGGGGCCGGACCUUGAUAUCGACGAGGAGCCGCUUGCAGACCCUUUGAGCGACACAGCAGAAAUAUGGGUGCCUUCGUGCGAGAGUAUGUUUCCAGAUCACGGGUUGUCGGUGUCCAUGAUUACUGGCACGUUCUCGCAAGACCUCUCGACCGUAAAAGAGUUGGCCCACCCGUCCAGCUUCUACGAUGAGGUCAAGGCUUUGUCUCGGAUUAUGGACCAGGCGCGUCACCACGCCACUGCGACGACACAGAGAAAAGAUUCAGACAAUAUGCCAGCAGACAGUGAAAUCGGCUUUGUCAGCACACGUGACAGCAGACUGAGUCAGAGUGCGCCCACACUGUUCAAUGUGACACUCAUGGAUGUCCCGACCAAGCGGAUCCCCUUUCCUGCAGUCGGCGCCUUCGCCGUUUUCACUAUGGACCCCAUCCUUUCUCUUGACCCCGACCUCCGAAACAACCCUGAAGCAAUCGAAGCUUGUGCACAACUCAAGGUUGGUAACUAUGUUGGUCUCGUAAACGAUCGGUCGGGGCUUUUCAACCCUCUUGCGCCAUACAACGCGUGUUUUUUCGACUUUUUGCUUCAUGGCUCCCCGACCACCCAACCCCACGGUUUCGACCCCUCCAUGUCCAUUCCCAUUGCUCCCAUGUCAUUAGAAAAUCAUCCGUCUGGUCGCGCGCCGCUGCAGCCCUCAAAACCCCUACCCUGGAAGGACUGCUAUCUUUCUGGCGCCUGGACUCACAAGCUGCGUAGCAAAACGAUGUACGAGCCCGAAGAGCAAACCGAGAAGAUGGGUCAUCUUCUGUCGAUUAAGGAUCAGGCCAAGCAGAAAUUCUAUAUAACCAAAGACGAAGAACGGUCGACCAGGGUUCCGAACGUGCCAGUGGUAGUCGCUGAAGAUAUUGACGAGGAACAUUGUGCAGACGACUCGAGCGAGGACUCGGGGGAAAUUUGGCUUCCCUCGUUCGAGACUGUGUUCCCAGAUCACAGCUUGUCGGUGUCGAUGAUCACCAGCAGCUUCUCGCAGGACCUCUCGACCGUGAAGGAGCUCGCCCACCCGUCCGGUUUCUAUCAGGAAUUGGAGGCCUUGUCUCGGUUCGCUACCUUUUUUUCUUUUUCUUUCCUAGGAUGA